AUGAUGGCAACAACUGCAGUUUGUAAUGGUAGUCCGGUUUCAUUCUCGACUGAUCGAUUGAGAGCGUUUGCUGAUAAGAUUCACGAUUUGACUUCUGUACGCACGAACUCUGGCCCAAAAAUGGAAAAUUUUCUUGGAGCUUGCUCACCGGCUGAAAUAAAGUUGGCAAAGUCUGCAUGCAAGUUCGUACUCCACCCCUCAAUAGAGAAAAACUCAGUGACAUAUGGUCUUUGCUGCGAUGAAUUGAAAGUGUGUGCCGGAUACACUAAACAAGAAAGAAGAGGUCUUAAGUUGGUAUGGGGGAUGAAAAAAGUUAAGAAAUGUACUGAUAUCCCAACUCGUGAUUUUGAUCAAAAGGCAGAAGUUAUCGAUGCUCUUGUUUCGAGCUACAAAAUUGAAAGACCAUUUGAUGUUCGUGGAGACGUGGAAACAUUUUUUAGCACUUGCCCAUCAAAACACAAAGAAGUAUUUGGAGAGUCAUGCGACAAAUUUUACGCCAAUUCUGACAAAAGCGGGAACAAGGACACUAUUGGUUAUGGUUUUUGUUGUGAAACGCUCGAAGUUUGCCCUCCACCGUCUUCUAGCGUCGAAAACGGAGAAACCUCGCCAUUCUAUACUCAGACCUGGUUCUUCGCUGUCUGUGGAGGUGUUGGUAUUCUUCUGAUAGGCUCCAUUGUCGUUGUAGCCUAUUUCUUUUGUAUUCGCAAAAAGGGAGGUGGAGGAAAAAGUGGUGGUGGUGGAAUGAAAAGUUCCAAGAAGAGCACAAAGAGCAAGAGCAAGAAAUGA